AGAAUAAUAUUCAUAUGUUCAUUCUACCUGGUAACCAACCACUACCCCGUACAGGCGCAAAGCCGCAUAAACUGGAAAAAUGGUAUCUUCAUUUCAUUACAUCUCCCACACUAUUCCAACUAAAUCCCCACGAAUUACAAACCAAUGUCCCAUCUUUUCCCUCAAAACCCCUAAUUUAUCUUUUUCUAAAUCUUCAUUCUGUACUCUCAGAUUAAACCAAGUAUUUACGUUUCCCAAUCACUCUCUAAAAUCAAAAUUUAGAUCUAAAGCUUCAAUGGCAGAUGUAAACUCCAAAAAUGUGAAUAUCUUCGAGUCCGAAGAACAAGUAGCAAUUGAAUUGGCAAAUUACACUGCUAUUUUAUCAAACAAGUUUAUUAAAGAAAGGGGUGCUUUUACUGUUGUUGUUUCUGGGGGUUCUCUCAUAAAGUCUCUUAGGAAAUUGGUAGAACCACCAUAUGUGGAUUCGAUUGAUUGGUCGAGAUGGCAUAUGUUUUGGGUUGAUGAAAGGGUUGUUCCUAAGGAUCACCCAGAAAGCAACUAUAAACUUGCUUAUGAUGGUUUCUUGUCAAAGGUACCUAUUCCCCCAGGGAAUGUCUAUGCCAUUAACGAUUCACUCACUGCUGAAGGUGCAGCCGAUGAUUAUGAAACCGCUCUCAAACAACUAGUAAAGACCAAUAUUCUAGCAACAUCUCCGACCAGCAACUUCCCGAAAUUUGAUGUCAUGCUCCUCGGUAUGGGCCCCGACGGACACGUGGCUUCUUUAUUCCCAGGUCAUCCUCUAGUCAACGAGAAUGAAAGAUGGGUGACCUUCAUUAAGGACUCUCCAAAACCACCACCCGAGAGAAUCACGUUCACAUUCCCCGUUAUCAAUUCCUCAGCCAACAUUGCUCUUGUAGUUUGCGGGAGUGGGAAAGCUGCGGUUGUGAAGACGGCAUUGAGCGGAAAUCAGAGCUCUGACUUACUACCUGUUCAAAUGGUUUCGCCUGAAGGGGAUCUGAAUUGGUUUCUGGACAAGGAAGCAGCUGGAAUGUUGUAGAUCUUGACAUGUCUUUCGAUAUGCUAGAAGUAGGUACCUUGGGCCUUGUAAGGCCUUGUUUGUUAAAGAACUAGUUUCGCGGGAAUAAAUUGUUGUGCAAUCGGGCUCUGUAUUAACUAUGUUGGCGUAGAUUUUUCAUUUUCUCGAGUACACUAGCUCGUACGGUUACGACUCCCUAUUAGGAAUGGGAAAUGGGCUUGUACUUUAAAUCUUGGUUCUAAAUAAGUUGUAAGAGAUUCUAAAACUAUUAUCAUGUUCUCAUUAAGCCAACCAUGUUCACAAUAAUACACAUUACACAA